AUGAUUUUAACUCAUUACUAUUUAUCUUUUGUAUUUUUUUAUUUUUAUAUUAUUUUAAUAAUAAAUGGAUAUCCAUCAAAAAUACCUAUUGCUUCAUUUACUGUUCCUGGUGAUAGAGAACAAGGUGUUAUUGGAGCUUUAAAUUUUACAAUUAAUAUGUAUAAUCAAGAUAUAUAUUCAAAAUUUAAAAUUAAACAUCAUAAUAAAGCUCUUCGUAAUGCAGCAUUUGAUGUAUGGGGUGUAAUGAAAAAAAUUUGUUCUGAAUUACAAGAAGGUCUCAUGAUAAUGAUGGCUGGUGUAGAUGGUAAUCAAAGAACAUAUGAGGCGUAUAGUACUGUUUCUAGUACUAUGGAAAUUCCUUUUGUUAAUUGGGAUAUAUCAGCAAUAAGUCCAUUAGAUAAUUAUCCUAACAAUUUUGAAGUUUCUAUGCGUCCUUCUAAUGGGGAACUUAUUGCUAAUAUAAUUGUACAAAAAAGAUGGCAAAGUUUCAUCUAUCUUCAUGAUGGAAAAGUUGCAACACAAAAUUUAGAAUUAAUCUAUUUUUAUGCACAAAAACUUUCUAAUUUAUCAAUAACAUCUGAAUUAGUUAAAUUACCACAAGAAGUAAUUGAUUAUGGAGAGUUUUUAAGAAAAUUUAAUAUGAAAUAUGGAAGAGAUAACGAACCCAGGAGAAUUAUUUUAGAUAUUACUUCUUCCUAUAAACAACAACAAUUUUUAGCAUCAAUUAGAGGAGCACAAUUUAAUCAACAAAAUUAUCAUUACUUAGUUGUAAAUUUUGAUUUUCUUCCUUAUGAUGUUGAGAUGUUUCAAAAUGGAAAUAUAAAUAUUACAGGUUUUCAAAUUGUUUCUAAAGAUACAAAAAUUCAUAAUUUAUUAAAAAAAAGUAUUGAUUUUAAUAGGCAACAAGAUAGAAAUGAAAAAAAUAUUGACUUAGAAGCUAGAUUGGCAUUUGUUCAUGAUGGUGUUCUUGUUGUUAAAAAAUCUCUUGAAAAUUCAUUAAAAAAGAAUGAUUCUAUUUUUUAUCAAAAUUUUAGGCAUGGUGAAUUAUAUAAUAGGGGAUUUAAAGGUAUAUAUUGUCAUCCACAAUAUGAUAAAAAAUCUGAAAAUCGACCAUUUAGUACUUUUGAACAUGGAAAAUUAAUUGCUAAAAGUCUUCAUGAUGUUAAAAUAGGACCUGAAGAUGGAACAUUAACAGGUCAUAUUGAAUUUGAUAGAUUAGGUUUUCGAAAAAAUUAUGCUGUAACAGUUAUAGAUUUAAUUUCAUCAAAUACAUCUAAUUUUAAUCAAAAAGAAGUUACAGUAUGGAAACAAGGUAUUGGAUUUGUUAAUGAUGAAGCUAUUUCACAACAUGUUAGAAAAACAAAUACUGAUCAAAGUAGUCAACGUCUUUUACGUGUAAUUACAGUUUUAGUUUCACCAUUUGUUAUGAUAAAAAGAGAAUGUCUUAAUUCAAAUAAAACAGAAUGUCAGGGAAAUAAUCGUUUUGAAGGAUAUUGUGUAGAUUUAUUAGUACUUUUAUCAGAAAGAAUUAAUGAUUUUAAAUAUGAAAUUAUUGUUGAUGAAAGUAUUGGACAUGGUAUUAAAUUACCUGAUGGAAGUUGGAAUGGAAUGAUAGGUAAAUUAUUAAAUGGUGAGGCAGAUUUAGCUGUUUCAUCUUUAACAAUUAAUCAAGAAAGAGAAAGAGUUGUUGAUUUUAGUAAACCAUUCAUGGUUACAGGAAUUAGUAUUAUGAUAAAAAAACCAGAUAAGCAAGAAUUUUCUGUAUUUUCAUUUAUGCAACCGUUAUCAACAGAAAUUUGGAUGUAUAUAAUUUUUGCUUAUGUUGGUGUUUCUGUUGUAAUAUUUUUAGUUUCAAGAUUUAGUCCAUAUGAAUGGAGAAUUGAUGAAACAAGUAAUGGAUCAUUUACAAUUUCUAAUGAUUUUUCUGUCUAUAAUUGUUUAUGGUUUACUUUAGCUGCAUUUAUGCAACAAGGUACAGAUAUAUUACCAAGAUCAAUUUCAGGAAGAAUAGCAUCAUCUGCAUGGUGGUUUUUUACAAUGAUUAUUGUUUCCAGUUAUACUGCUAACCUUGCUGCAUUUUUAACAUUAGAAAAGAUGCAAGCUCCUAUUGAAUCAGUUGAAGAUUUGGCUAAACAAACAAAAAUUAAAUAUGGUAUUCAAUCCGGUGGUUCUACGGCUCAAUUUUUUAAAUAUUCUUCAGUUGAGAUGUAUUCUAAAAUGUAUCGUUACAUGGAAAGUCAAGUUCCAUCUGUUUUUGUUAAAGAUUAUGAUGAAGGAAUUGAAAGAGUAAGAACAUCUAAAGGUAAAUAUGCAUUUUUAUUAGAAGCAACAGCAAAUGAUUAUGCAAAUACAAGAAAACCAUGUGAUACAAUGAAAGUUGGUUUAAAUUUAAAUAGUUUAUCGUAUGGUGUUGCAACACCAUUUGGUUCUGAAUGGAAAGAUCAUAUUAAUCUUGCUGUGUUAGCAUUACAAGAACGAGGAGAAUUAAAAAAACUUGAAAAUAAAUGGUGGUAUGAUAGAGGUGAAUGUGAUCAAGGAAUUUCUGAAAGUAGUAGUGCAUCUUUAAAUCUUAGUAAAGUAGCUGGAAUAUUUUAUAUUUUGAUGGCUGGUAUGAUAACAUCUAUGAUUGCAGCAUUAGGUGAAUUUUUAUAUAGAAGUCGCUUAGAAGCAAGAAAAGGACAAAUAACUAGUGCUAAUGAUUUAAAAUCAACUUUAUAUGGUCAUCUUGAAUUAUCAAUAAAAGGUGGUGCUAUAGCUAAAGAAGGAACUGAAGCACAUGAUGCUAUUAAACGCCAAAAAGCAGCUGCUUACGUGCCAGCUAGUGACAAAUCAAAUUAUAAAAACAAAUUAGAUAAAAAAAAAAGUAUUGAAAAUGAUUAUUCUACUAAUCGACUGAGUAAUGAUGAUAUUUCUCAUCCUCUUGAUCAAAAUAGGAUGCCAUUUACUGGUGGAUUUCAUAGUGCUUAUAACACAGUCGUUUAG